CGCCACGUUCCUAUGGUCAGGGUGGGGACUCCGCUAUAAGAAGAUAAAUCACAGUAGAACGGGUCAGUUUACGACUAGACCACCGUACGGUACCAGCACUCCAAGUCCCGGUGUUACCGUCGCUGAUACCGUUCGUCUCUUGCCGAGGAGCCAAAGCCGUGAUAAGCGAAUUUUCCGCGCAACAAGCGAAUUUCCCGAGAGGAGAGGAUAACAUGUCGGUCAACCUGAGGAGCGUUCUCAUCAGCGAUCCCGUGGACGAGUCUUGCGGGGCGCUGCUGCUCGAGCACGGCAUUCCGGUUACGACAAAAUACAGACUGCCGAAGGAUGUGCUGAUCAACGAGCUGCAGAAGCACGAUGCACUCAUCGUCCGCUCCGAGACUAAAGUGACGGAGGACGUGAUUGCCGCCUGCCCGAACGUCCGCGUGAUCGGACGCGCCGGCACCGGGGUCGACAACAUUGAUCUUCAAGCUGCCACGCGCAAAGGAAUCAUCGUAAUGAACACCCCCGGUGGCAACAGCAUCAGCGCUUGCGAGCUAACGUGCGCUUUGAUCUCCGCGCUAGCGCGUAAUGUGGUUCAAGCGGCGCAAUCGCUAAAGGAGGGCCGGUGGGAUCGGAAGCUGUAUUCCGGCCAUGAGCUGUCCGGCAAAACUCUCGGGGUCCUCGGGAUGGGUCGCAUAGGCCGCGAGGUGGCCCACAGGAUGCAAGCCUUCGGCAUGAACGUCGUCGGCUUCGACCCCAUAGUGAGUGACGAGGCCGCAACCGAGCUCGGUAUCAAGAAGCUCAGUCUGGAGGAAAUCUGGCCGGUGGCCGACUACAUCACCGUCCACACGCCGCUCAUACCUCAAACCAGAUAUAUGAUCAACGCGGUAUCUCUGGCCAAGUGCAAGAAAGGAGUAAACAUCAUCAACGUCGCACGUGGCGGGAUUGUCGAUGAGGAGGCUCUCUUGAACUCGCUCAACUCCGGUCACUGCGGCGGAGCCGCCCUGGAUGUCUUCACACAGGAACCGCCAAUGAAUCCAUUCAUCAUAGAGCUCAUACAACAUCCGAAAGUCAUCCCGACCCCUCAUCUCGGCGCCAGCACGGCGGAGGCUCAGCAACGGGUGGCGGUGGAGAUUGCUCAGCAAUUCCUCGCUCUGUCCGGCAAAUCGACCGAGUACGCCAUCACCGGUAUUGUGAACGCCCCGGUCUUGACCGCCGCCAUGACGAACGAGAACAGGCCGUGGAUAGAAUUGUCGAAGAAACUCGGCCAACUGGCCGGUCGCUUCCUCAAGGGCAAGCUCAACACAAACACCGUGUACAGCCAGACCGUGGGCAACGGCAUGCAGGAGAAGCGAUUCAUACACACGGCCGUGCUGGUCGGAGUGUUGACCGGUCAAACGAAGAACGGCCUGAAUCUAGUUAACGCGCCGACUCUGGCGCAGGAGAUUGGCGUGAACUUGCAAGAAAACCACGUCGAGGACAACAUUAGAGCGGUCGUCGUCAAAGUCGACCAGCAUGUCAUCAAAGGAACCGUGCGCAACAACGAAUUGCUGCUGUUGGCUUUAGACGACGCAGUCUUCGUGAACGGCAUCGCGCUCAGAUACCACAUUUGCCUGUACCGCACGAACAGGGUGCAGGAUCUCGCCAACAUCGUGAACGUCUUCUCGUCGAAGGGUAUCAAUAUUCGCAACUUGAACGCCAACGGCAGCUGGCUGAUCAUUCAGACUGAUCAGGAGGUGUCGAUCCCAGUCGACGGAAUCAACAGCUUUUGAGCGUUGUCUUUGAAAGAGACAGAAAGAGAGACAGAAAGAGGGAGAGAGAGAGAGAGAGAGAGGGAGAGAACUUUUAAGAGAACGAUCGCGGAGGAAAGCGUCGACGACGAGCGAUCCUCGUGAAAGCGGAAGGGAUGCAAAGGCACUGAUAAAUCCAGUAUUGCUCGAUUGCUAGAAACGCGCGUCGAGCUCUUCUAUGCUCCUCUACCGACGCGCCUCUUCUUAAUUAUGUAAAAAUCCUCUCAUUCGUGAAAUCAUUAUUUAUUAUCGGACUUAAAGCGGACGAAUUUGAAACGAGGUGGAGACAAUUACUGUUAACACGCUACGUAGACGAACGAUAAGUGUUUCUUUCCUUCUUUAUGUAGGAUGGAGACUAUAGAAAUGGUCUGCGAAAUAUUCUCAUUCGAUUACACGCGAAGAUAUACAUCUAUAUAUAUAUAUAUACUAUGUACGAAACACUAUUAAACUUAUAUCGCACACUUACGCACGAUAAAGAUAAAAAUGUAUAAAAAAAGGGUUUACAUAUAUAACAUGUUCGCGUAUAGAUAUUUAUAUUUUUGUAUUAUUAUUAGAGAGUUUGUUAAUAAAACAUCACAUUAUCAAA